GCGAUGCCCAACAAGUCCAUCCCUCAUGUCCUUCCCCUACCAGCAUAAAUAGAGGCCAGUUUUUGGUAAGCCCACCAGUAUCUGUUUUCUGAUAUAUCCACUUCAAUCACAUACAAGAGAAGCUUAUGGCGGAGAUUGACGGAGGAGGAGGUGGUGCUAGUUCUGCCGCCGUCCCUAACGGCCACCAUGCCGUCACCCUGAAUAUUGAAGAUCAAUCCCAUCGAAUUUCAUGCUUUCCCACUGUUCCUUUUCUUCAAAAGUUGAUAGCGGAGGUGCUGGGUACAUAUUUUGUUAUAUUUGCCGGAUGUGCAGCGGUUGUGGUAAAUACAGAUAAGGACAAAAUAGUGAGUCUGCCUGGAAUUUCCAUCGUCUGGGGGUUCCCUUUGAAACAGGUGCCAGCAUACGUUGCUGCUCAAGUCCUGGGAUCAACCCUAGCAAGCGGAACUCUCCGUUUAAUAUUCAACGGAAGGCAAGAUCAUUUCGCCGGAACCCUUCCCGGUGGAUCCGAUCUCCAGUCGUUGGUUCUUGAAUUUAUCAUCACAUUCUACCUCAUGUUUGUCAUCUCCGGCGUUGCUACCGAUAACCGAGCUAUCGGAGAAUUAGCCGGACUAGCGGUUGGAGCAACAGUUUUACUCAAUGUCAUGUUUGCAGGGCCGAUAUCAGGGGCAUCAAUGAACCCAGCAAGGAGUUUAGGUCCGGCGAUUGUGUCAAAUGAAUAUAGAGGGAUUUGGGUUUACAUGUUAGGGCCAACUGCCGGAGCCAUUUCUGGUGCAUGGGUCUACAACAUCAUACGGUUUACCGAUAAGCCUUUGCGUGAGAUCACAAAAAGUGCAUCUUUUCUUCGAUAUGCUAGCAGCCGUAAUGGAUCUAAAAGAUGACAUUUCCAAUUGUACUCCUGCUUUGUGCAUUUGUAUUUGUGUUUAUUAUGCCACUGUAUUUGGUUUAGUUUGUACAAG